GAGGACACCAUGUUUUCGUGUUGUCUCCCCCUGUUCCGAGACCAAGGCGUCAAGAGAAGCAGCCAUAAGAGUGGGUUCCGCAGUGGCCCACGCUAUUUCGAUCCUCAGCUCAGACCCGUGUCGCCCUUGAAGUGGUUGGAGCCAGAGGACUUAACUCGGGUCAUAGCGGGACAGCAGCCACCCAGGUUCUGGAGGUGGCAUGCAACCUGGAAUCCAAGGCCGAAGAGAGUUUUAAGGUCCAUCCUGGAUCCUGUUUCCAGCCCCGGCCUGCAGUCGCCCAGGCUCACUAGGAAGUUCCCAGCGUGUGCCUACAUGCGGCCAAAUGGCCACGGGAAUCACUCCUGGCCAGAGUCCCUGGAGCCCGAGGAGGCAGAGCCCAAGGCACCGGCCCAGGAGGCAGAGGAGGCUCCUGCAGAAACACCUGAAGUCCAGACAGAGGCGUCUGACGAGGAGUCGGAUGAAGAGCUGGAGGCGUGGGCACCUCCAGAGGUCCUGCCACCUCCAUCAGCCUCUCCGGAGGCAGCUGUGGAGCCGGGGCCGGCCUGGGAGGCACCUGCAGACAUGACUGAGGCCCCACCACCCCUGGAUGAGGAGCCCUCCCUGGAACCUGCCCAGGGUCCUGCCUCAGAGGAGGAGCUGCCUCCUGAAAGCCCAGCAGCGCCAGCUCCAGAGCCGCAGGCUGAGACUGCUCGCCGUCUCCCCUCAGAAAAACUGGUUCCCUUCCUUCAAAAGGAGCAUGACAGACCAUAUGAGAAUGAGGAGAAUGAGGUCAUUAUCAAAGGCUCAACACCCUAUUAUUUUUCUUCUGUUCUAACCUUUGUCAAAGACAUUUUCAACAAUGCGAGACAUCCCUACACGGACAAAAUGAUUUUAGGAGAAUUAAAUGCCAAGAUUGGCAAUGGUUUUGCCAAAGCUUCAUUACAGGACAUCUAG